AUGUCUGAUAAUACGAAGGAGUGUGGUAGUAGUACCAAUCAGGACUGCAACAAUAUAAGCAAGUCAAGUGAUGCGAAAAAGGAGGAAGCAUUAGAAAACAAAAAAUGUGACAACAGUUAUGAAAAUUCUGAAUCAUUGAAAAGAGAAGAUGAACAUGUAGAAAUAAAAGAAUCGGGCAAUAGUAAUUUAGUAUGUAAAGGAUGUGGAGAAAAUCUAACGAAAAAAUUGAAUUGCCCUGUAUGUUUAAAAAACAAAAUAAAUAGCUAUUUUUGUAGCCAAGAAUGUUUUAAACGCUCUUGGAAAGAACAUUCUAAAAUGCAUAAAAGUGAAAAGGAGAAUAAUGAAAAGGAAGCAGAUAAAGAAUCAAAAAAAGUUGAAAAAAAUAAAUAUACAGGAAUAAUAGAAGAAUUAUUGCCCCAAAAUUAUGACCCUACUAAUAGAAAAUAUUGGAUUUAUGAUAGCCAUUUAAGAAAUUUUUUAAGUUUUAAAUUUACUGGAAAUAUAAGACCAUGGCCUAUAUCCAAAAUGAAUUAUGUACCUGAUCAUAUUGACAAGCCAGAUUAUGCCAUUACUUCAAUACCUACAUCCGAAUUGAAAUAUAAAAGAAAAAGUGAUAUAUAUGUAAAUAAUAGUGAAGAAAUUGAAAGAAUAAAAGAAGCAUGUAUAUUAGGUAGGAAAACUUUAGAUUAUGCACAUUCAUUAGUUAGUCCAGGAGUAACAACUGAUGAGAUAGAUAAAAAAGUUCAUGAGUUUAUAAUUAAAAAUAAUGCAUAUCCAUCUCCAUUAAAUUAUUAUGAAUUCCCAAAAUCAUGUUGUACAUCAGUAAAUGAAAUAGUAUGUCAUGGUAUACCAGAUUAUAGACCAUUAAAAAAUGGGGAUAUUAUAAAUAUAGAUAUAAGUGUAUAUUAUAAAGGUGUACAUGCCGAUUUAAAUGAAACUUAUUUCGUUGGAGAAAAUAUAUCAGAUGAAGCUAAACUACUUGUAGAAACUUGUUAUUUUUCAUUAAUGGAAGCAAUUAAAAAAUGUAAACCUGGUAUGUUAUAUAAAAAUCUUGGGAAUAUUAUAGAUGCUUAUGUAUCAAAAAAACAUUUUUCAGUUGUUCGUACAUAUUCAGGACAUGGAGUAGGAAAAUUAUUUCAUUCAAAUCCAACUGUACCUCAUUUUAGAAAAAAUAAAGCAGUAGGAAUAAUGAAACCAGGUCAUGUAUUUACAAUCGAGCCUAUGAUUAAUGAAGGUCAUUAUGCAGAUGUUUUAUGGCCAGAUAAAUGGACAAGUGCAACUGCUGAUGGAAAAUUAUCAGCACAAUUUGAGCACACCUUGUUAGUUACCCAAACUGGAGUUGAAAUACUCACAAAAAGAUUUCCAGAUUCCCCAAGCCUAGGAUUUGAUACAAAGGAUGAUCUAUACAUUAUGUAA